CCCGGCUCCGAGUUUAAGAGUCCUGGCCCUGCCUGUCGCACAGCUCCGUUCCUCACGCCUGCCCGCCCCGUCUGUCCGUCUGUCCCGCUGCCCAUCCGAGGGGCCACUCCACCCCGGACCCAAGAUGACGUCGGUUGCCAAGGUGUAUUACAGCCAAACCACUCAGACAGAAAGCCGGCCCCUAAUGGGCCCAGGGAUACGACGGAGGAGAGUCCUGACAAAAGACGGCCGCAGCAAUGUGAGAAUGGAGCACAUUGCUGACAAGCGCUUCCUCUACCUCAAGGACCUGUGGACAACCUUCAUUGACAUGCAGUGGCGCUACAAGCUUCUGCUUUUCUCUGCAACCUUUGCAGGCACCUGGUUCCUCUUUGGUGUGGUGUGGUAUCUGGUAGCUGUAGCCCACGGGGACCUGCUGGAGCUGGGACCCCCAGCCAACCAUACCCCCUGUGUGGUACAGGUGCACACGCUCACCGGGGCCUUCCUCUUCUCCCUUGAGUCCCAGACCACCAUUGGCUAUGGCUUCCGCUACAUCAGUGAGGAGUGCCCACUGGCCAUCGUGCUUCUUAUUGCCCAGCUGGUGCUCACCACCAUCCUGGAAAUCUUCAUCACGGGUACCUUCCUGGCAAAGAUUGCCCGGCCCAAGAAGCGGGCGGAGACCAUCCGUUUCAGCCAGCAUGCGGUUGUAGCUGCACACAAUGGAAAGCCCUGUCUUAUGAUCCGAGUCGCCAACAUGCGUAAGAGCCUCCUCAUUGGCUGCCAGGUGACAGGCAAACUGCUUCAGACCCACCAGACAAAGGAGGGUGAGAACAUCCGGCUCAACCAGGUCAAUGUGACUUUCCAAGUGGACACGGCUUCUGACAGCCCCUUCCUCAUCCUGCCCCUUACCUUCUACCAUGUGGUGGAUGAGACCAGUCCCUUGAAAGACCUGCCCCUCCGCAGUGGGGAGGGUGACUUCGAGCUGGUGCUGAUCCUAAGUGGGACAGUGGAAUCCACCAGCGCCACCUGCCAGGUGCGCACUUCCUAUCUGCCGGAGGAGAUCCUUUGGGGCUACGAGUUCACACCCGCCAUCUCGCUGUCAGCCAGUGGCAAAUACAUAGCAGACUUUAGCCUUUUUGACCAAGUUGUGAAAGUAGCCUCUCCGAGUGGCCUCCGUGACACCAGUGUACGCUACAGAGACCCUGAAAAGCUCAAGUUGGAGGAGUCAUUAAGGGAGCAGGAUGAGAAGGAGGGCAGUGCCAUUAGUGUGCGCAUCAGCAAUGUCUGA